CCACGGAGCCGGGCAUGAACUGAAAGUGCUGGAGCUUCAGGUGCACCAUGGGCUGGGCUGGCCAAUCAGAGCCCAGCUCCAUGGGGGAGCUUGGCAGGUUGGGCAGAAUCCAGCUGAGCCGACACAUACAGCAGGCAGCCGUCAAAGCCGGCCCUUGGCAUCUAGCGGCAGCAGCCACUGCUCCAUCCCUGCAGCUCCAGCCCAAGACAACAAGGAGACGGACCAGUGCCUCCCGCCUGAGGGGCCAUGAUCAGCUCGUGGAAGCUCUCCUUGCUCCUCCUCACCCUCUCUCUGGCUCUGGCGGCCAGCCAAGAGCCCAGUAACAAUGAGAUGAAGGUGUUGAGGACACUGACCCCGGUCAAUGUCACGAACGCCAACGUGAGGCAGAGUCUGUGGUUUGCCAUGCAAGAGUACAACAAGCACAGUGAGGACGAGUAUGUCUUCCUGGUGGCCAAGAUACUGCAAGCCCAGCUACAGAUCACCGACCGUUUGGAAUACCUCAUCGAUGCUGAGAUCGCCCGAAGCACUUGCAGAAAGCCCGUGAGUGAAGACGAAGGUUGUGUGAUUGAAGAGAACGCCAAGCUGGGGAAGAAAUUAUAUUGCAACUUCUGGGUAAGAACGCUUCCCUGGAAUGGCGAAUUCACUGUGAUAGAGAAACACUGCAAGGACGUGUGACGGUGUUUGGAGCCCCCCUGCUGCCCCUGCGGCUGCCUGCACUGUGAAAAAGUAACACGGACAGGCGCGAGGCUGUCACACACACACUU